UAAUCUCCAAGGAGAUAAGCUAAUAUUUCAAUAUGGAGUCCGAUGUUUAAGAAUACCGCAUUGGAAAUAAUGCACUGGACAUAAUUCACUGUAAUUUUUGUUUCAUCGGCGGUUUUUUCCAAACAAAAGACGAAAAUGCCUGGGCGGCGAGAUUCCAAAACCUUAAGAGAAGGGAACUUAGCAUUUAGCAAAGAGAACACAGACAUGGUGAGCUAUGAAGACUUGCUGAUUGCUCAGUAUUUGGAUGAACUUCGAAAGACAAAGAACAGCAUAAAGAGGCAAAGAGAAGUGCCGCAGUCCCCUUACUCACAGAAACUUCCUCAUUCUGAUUAUGGAAUGUCCAAUAGAAGACCAAUGUCUGCUACUUUGGCCCAAGGUAGGCUUGGAUCAGGCAGACCAAGUUCUGGGGCUAGAAAACCCAAAAUUGAUUCCAAAUUCAUUGCUGACCCCAAUUUGUGGGAUCCGGCGACCCCAAGGUCCGAGAGCACAAGCUCUUCCUCGCAGCGAAGGAAAGGAAGACCGGCAUCAGCACCUGUCAAACGAAAAACCCGUCCAUUUUCUGCGACCUCCAACCUGUCGUGGUUCUACAGAAAUCCAGCAAGAGGCUGGUCUGCUCGCUCCACACCGUACUCUGCAUGUUCCGACUGUAAUGGAUAUGUAGACAUGACCAGAAGUGCUCUGUCUGGGAGGAGAAUUAGGUCACAGUACUUGAACAAACCACACACAAUCAGGUGCCUGGCCUUUAAGAACGGCAGCCGAGAGACCAUGUGUCGAGUGGCGGCUCCGUCCAUGAAAGUGUUUUUGGAAAUGUGCACAGAACGGUUGGGUCUUGGGUUUGCAGCCAGGAGGGUGUUUUUGGAAGAGGGAAAAGAGAUUUUUGAAACCUAUGAAAUUCCUCCUGACUCAGAGGUUUACAUCUCCACUGGAGAAAACUUUAAGGACCCAUACAAAAGUGUAAAGGAGAACAUAGCUAUAACCAAUGGAGCCAAAUGGACACUUUCUGGAGUUUUGCUGCCAGAGGAAGGAAGAAAGAAGAAAACAAAGUGCAAAGUCUCAAAAAGAAUGAGGAACCUCCUGGAGAGCAAUAGAUUCAGGGUUGUUGUUUAUAGGAAUGGCUAUUCCACAGAACCACUGGAGAUUGUGGCUGAUCUAAAUAACAUCGAGGAGUUUCUGGUUGCAUGUACAGCUAAACUAGGGCUGACCACUCAUGCCAAGCUGUUGUUCGAUUGGGAAGGGAAGGAAAUCAAGGAUUUAAAGGACGCUCCCAUGUUGCAUGAAGCUGUACAAGAGGCCAGUUCCCCAAUUUAUGGCCCUCUGUGGGUGUCUGUGGGGGAUGCCUUCAGUCCUACUGGUACCAUCCACUUUAUCAAGUAUCUGAGACGCACCAUUAAAGGACAGUUGAAAGAUGCAGUGAAGUACAAAAAUGAGGUGAAUUAUGCUUUGUCAGAUGAGAAAGACAAAGUGACCAUUACUGAUAUCCUAAGUAUGCCUGAGGAUGAGCUGUACUCAACUCUGGAGAUGGCUGAAGAGGAAGUGGACAAGCUGACAGAGAGCUUACAGGAAAUUGAUGACAAACUCCAGAAAAUUGAGGGUCUUCAGAGAGUAGAGGAGAGUGAAGGCUCUAACUACAGAAUGAAGCACAUAAAAGAGUGGGAGUUUGAACACAGGCUGGUGGGAAGAAAAGGACUUAGGCUGAAGGUUUAUGAGAAUGGAAGUAAUGAAAACGACCAGGUGUUCUACUUCAAUCUGGCAGGGGCACUGCGAGGGACGAAUGACAAGGACAGAGUAUUGACUAGGUUACUGGAUGAUCUUUCCACAAACCAUGUGACAGCCAACCCACAUAAUCCUAAAAUUGCACCAGUGGUUAAGAAAAUCUUUACUGAGCAUGGGAAGGAGGUAACCAAUGUCCAUGACCUGGAAUACGACCAAGAGAUAUGGGUUUCAUUCGGCGAGCCGUUCAUUAAUCCGUUCAUAUACUGCAUUCAGGCCAUGUUUGAGAAAGCCACAGCAUACAGUAUGAAUGGAGAGACCUUCAUCAUCAGAGAACCAUUGAACAUGGAGCUCACCAAAAAUCGAGAAACGUGCACUAGUUGGGAAGCCAGUGUGGGGUACCCGACCUAUGAUUAUGAUCAAGCCAACUCAGCUGAAGCUCAGAGUCAUGUUCAGGAUCUGGCUCGCAUGAGUCGUGUUGAUGCCAGGAGCACUUUCCUCCAAGCUAAGAAUAAUGAAAAAAUUGUGUUGUAUCCAGAGGUAAACUGUUCCAAAAAAGUCAAGAAAGGAGGCUCAACAAAAAUAUGGCCCCCUGAGGCUCAAGUGUGGACAGUUCAAAAGAAUGGCUACAUCAGAUCUAAGUCCAUGCCACAGCUGUGUCUCGGUGUGUCGGACACGAAGGUGGAACUGACAAUGGGCAAAGACACGGUGUCCGGAUUUGUUGUCAACAUCCAGAAGAAAGCCUCGGGUAACACCUACCAGCAGUGGCAGUUCAAUCCAGAUGCCAGCAUGACUUGUGUGGCACACCCCAACCUUGUUUUGACAUACGAUGGAAACCUCCAAGGAAAUGAAGACAAUCAGCAGCCCGAGGGAAUCUUACCCGGGCAGUCUGUGUAUCUAGUGGUCACUGAGAAGCGACAGAAAAAGGAGUCAUCCAGUCAAAGGUUUGCUCUGAAGCAGGAGAGAUUUGAUAACCUGGGCCAGUGGAAGUACAAUGACGCCACUAACACAGAGUGGAACAAGAGAGCACUCUCAUGGCCUGUCAAAGAAGAUGGUAGCCUGAAUGAGGAAUAUGAUUGGCCAAUGGAAGGUUUUCUCCUUCCUAAUGCCCCUCCCCUGCACAAGCCUCUAUCCAAAUUGGCAAUGUCUGGAAUGGCUCCCCUGAGACUGAUGGCAAUGAAGAAUGGAGAAAGGGAUGCCAGACUAGCCAUGCCUUGUGUGGGACCAAAUCUCACAAAUAUGUUGAAGGAUUUGAACAAAGAGAAAGGAGGCAAAUCUGGAAAGAAACACAAACAACACUCCAAGCUUGUGGAAAAAGAUGUUCCUGUCCCAGAGACUGAUAAUGUGGAGGAAGAUAUUAAUCUUCACUGUGUGGAUAGAACUGUCCGCGAACUGGAGUUUGUCAUGUUUUUGGAUAACUGCACAAGCCUUUUGAACUUGCCUUUUGCUGCAAGACGACUGUUUGACAGCAAGGGAAAUGAACACUUCAGUCUAGUCAAUCUGCGUCGAGAUGACCUAGUUUAUGUGUCCUGCGGGGAGGGCUGGAUGGACCCCAAACUGUCCAAGGACCAACAGCAGAGACGCAUCUUGUUGUCCCAGCUGUCUCAGGACAUCGCCAAGAUCAGACAAUACAUCUCACUCCGAAAUCCAGAGAAAUAUGUGUUGGAGAUGGAGGGUAAUAUGGUGGCCAACACCCGUAUCAUCAUCAAUCGUCAGUGGAACCUGGAGGAGGAACAAACCGGCAGCAGACGAGAGGCCUUGGCGGAGCACGACAGUCAGAUCAUGAAUGACUCCAGGGCUUCCAUUUUUGCAGAAGAGGAAGAUGAGGGAAACUUGACCUGCCACGAGAUCGCUCACAGGAGAUCUGAGCAGAGACUGAACAACCUGAAAUGGCCGUGGGAACGACUGCUCAAUGUCAGUCAAGACGACGGGUCAGAAGAUCCUGACGCCUACAAAUUCACAGACAGGGAGAUGUAUGACAAAUACAAGGAUAAAACUGAAAGACCACAGCCAUUGCCAAAAAUAUCUCGCGAUACACUUCAGCGAUUUGUGUAUGAAGAUGGGUACAUCGCCUGUGCAGCCAACCGUGCCCUAGUGCUAGGCAUGCUGGAACAGGAAGGGCGUGUCAACCAGGUGUUGUUGGUCAAACGAAGGCCGGACGACAUCAACCAGCGCUGGGUCAUCCGCGAAAAUGGAGAAAUUCGCUCUAAGCAUAGCUCUCAAAUGGUACUUACUAUUGCCAUGCCGGCCAAUGAACCUUUCUCUGAAGAUGAAGAAGGCCGACCUUUGACCUUCAGUGGCUGUGCUGUGACUUUGCAGGCCAGAAAACUGAAUGUUUAUGGGAAAGCUCAUCAGAAAUGGAGAUAUGACGCUGAGACAGGAUAUAUCCAUGCCUUUUUCACCAAUCCAUAUGAUAAAGAAAUCACGGCUGCCAACCAUGCAGACAUCUGUACAUAUGCUAUUUCCCACGACAGCAAGAUAGAUCAACCUGGAUAUCUAGCAGAAGUUCCUGUACAGUCCAGUUCAGACAGGGUCACGAUUAAGAAUAUCACUGUGUGCACUUCUUGUGCUCGAGCCAUGAGAGGGCGUUACAAGCUACAAAAACUACCAGCGAGAACAGAGUUUUCUUGUGCAAUGGGAGAAGCUAAAAAACUGAAACUACAGCAAGUUGGAAGUUUCCGUGUUCUAAACGGUAAGGUGGACUUGUCAACGCAUGAGGCGGAACUGAGCCUGGAGAUGUGGGAGGACACCCUUGGAAAGCUGAGGGAGGAGGCAAGUGUACGGACCAUCGCCAAGGAGAUUAAUGCCGCCAAGACAGUCAAAACCAUCAAAAUACUAGCUUACAAGAAUGGAGAGGGACGCAUGCACCAAGGAGAGCUUGUUUGUGGAUCAAGCAUUGAAGGGAUUUUAAGCCAGUGCACCCACAAGCUUGGCUUGGCUUCAGCCGCCAGGAAGAUCUUUACAGAGGAUGGUACCCUGGUGAUGGAGAUUGAUGAUUUGAUAGACUGGGCAGUGGAGAACUACAAGUCACUCAUGGUUGACCAGCUGGAGAAGAUUCUCAACGGGAAAGAAAACACUACAGAAAAAGAUGAAGAGGAAGAAGACAAAGAAGAAAACCAGGAGUCUCUCCAGCUUUACAAUGUAGAACCGAGUGAAGCAGAGCUUCAGGCAGAGGGAGAUAAUUCUGACCCUGCAGAACGAGGGGAAGGAGAGGGACAAGACAGCAAUGUUGAAGGGGGAGAUAAUGCAGAGGUGGACCAGCAAGAGCAAUCCAAAGUCGAGCGGGAGCGGGAGCAGCUUCUGAGCCAGGUACAGAUCCCCCCUGUUGACAUCAUCCUCAGGUACCCCAUUGAGGUCUGGGUCUCCUCAGGUCCGGAAUUCUUUCCCCCCGAAAAGGUGGAAACUAAAAUUGAGAAUCGCAAGAAGAGACGGGCUUUCCGAUCAGCUGUAUCCUUGGAAUUAGAUAUGGAGAAGCACAUCUUAAGGCAAAUGAAAGGACGGAGAUUGGAGGCUCAGAACCCAGGCGAAUACCGGCCCACACGUAGCAGCAGACAGCCGGUCAUCGUGGAGAACAACUGGCAGGAGCCCACUGUUGCUGAGCAACUCAAGCAUGACACUGUCCACAAACUGGAGACCCAUCUAGCAGAGGUCAAGGCUGUCCAGAAGGAGAAGGUCUGCACUGUCAGCGUCAACACAAACCGGCGGCUGUAUCAACAGCCAGACAUGAAACGAGUGAUGAUUUAUCCAAAUGGAGAGAGUGUCGAGAGGGCUGUUUAUGUGUGGGGAGAGACAUUAGAAGAGAUCAUGGACAAUGCCACCAUUAAACUGGGGCUGUGGGCACCAGCCAAGAUCAUUUAUAACAUGGAGGGCAAGAAGAUAUAUAAAUUUGAUGAAAUCAACAAAGACGAGCUGUUGUGUGUUUCAAUGGGUAAACCCUUCAGCAAACCUAAAAACGCCAUUGAUGGGAUCGAGAUCAAGGCCAACUGGGGCCGAGCUAGGAAACAGUACGGACCCAGCGCAACGGACCUUGUUGUCAGUGCCCCCGUGAACCCCACAGUCAAUGUUGACCCCUUUGGGCCCCCUGGUCUUGCUCUACCACCCGCAAGUGACAACACUGGUACCACUACAGCUAACAGACCACAAUCUGCAAAACCACCAGCAACCUGAGAGUUGCCCUGUGUUAGCAGUAUGAGUGUAGCUGCUCUCAAAGCAACCUGUGAAUCAUGUAGAAACUACAGAAAAAAAACCUCUUAGUGCUUUAUAGCAGAAAGCUUGUAGCAUAGAAAUCCCAUUUGUGCAUGCACCUGUGCAGUAGAAAUGUGUAUCAAAGACUUGAGAGGGGUGUAUAUUUAUUUUGGUUUCAAAUCAACGAAGUUUGGCUUAUCAGAGGACUUGAAUAAAUACAGUGUGGAUCAUGUCAAUGAAGACUGUUUUUUGCUGAUGUUAAGUUUUUUCUAACACACCCUAGACCCCAUUUUUCCACUUGUACCUAUAGAGUAAUUGGAGCCUUGUUCAGUCCUUGAUUUUUGUGUUGUUGAAUAUUUUUUAAUUGUUGUUUAUGAACCAAAAAUGUUUUACAGCAUUUGAAUUAAUCCACAGUCUCUGAUAAUGCACUGUAUAAUGUUUGUGGAUUACUUCACCAUCAUGAUGAUAGUAUUAAGAUGAGGUCUACAACUGUUUAAAAACACCUAGGACCUUCCAGGACCUUAAAGUUAUAAGGUUGAUGUACUUGAAGUGUUAGCUGCCUCAAAUUCAACUUAACCCUAAAUGCGCAGCAGGCAAAGACUAGAGUUUUGCUGUAACCACUCAAAAUAAAAACUUUACUUGAACCUCUUAGAACCAGGGUAUUUAAGUAAGCAAAAUUUUCAGUAAUUAUUGUGAUGCUAAAAGUUUGCUACCAAUUUCUUAAUGGGUGGCUGUUAUUUGGCAGUGGGCAUGUAUUUUAAAAUUUCGAAUAAUUUUAUUGAUGAUACGUAGAAUUGUUUGAAAAAUGCAAAAUUAAAAUUAUGAUUGUAUGUCAGUAAUUGUAUUACUUGUUGACGAAGCAUCUUACUUUGCAAUUAUAGCUUUUUUGCUUUUUUAUAGAAUACUCAAGAGUUUUUUUUAUAGUUUCCAUAGAAUUUAUAAACAGAUUAGCACGUCAUUUUUUAAUACAAUUUUCAACAUUACUGUACUGGACUGGGUUUUUCAGGAUCUGUCUCGUUUUUUAUGCAGGGACCCUCCCUCUGCUUCAAUAUAUACAUUGUAGAUGUUGUGUUGACCACUGUCUGUAACAAAUAAAUUAUAGAAAAUCUUUACAUUCUACAUGUACAUUAAACAAAACUUAACUAUUCUUUCUCUUAUUUUCACUUAUCUGCAUAUUUUUAUAUUUAAACAUAUAUGGACCAAUAUCUGUCAGAUCUCCACCAAUGAAUGGACAACCUUGUCAAUUAGUUAUCUUUAUUUACAUAGUUUACAAUUUACAUUUUGCACUAUUAUUUGUAUUAUUUUGACUUUAUAAACUUUUUUGCGUCCAGAUCGAUAUCCAGUGUAUUUUAUAAAAAAAAAAUUGUAUUCUUUUAAUGCAUUUUGAUGAGGAAAUAUUUUUUUUCAAACUGUUCCAAAUGUUUAUAGAACUUUGGAAUUAAAGUGUUUAAAAAAGUCUUUACAUCCAUUUCCUGUUCCAUGCAAAAUGAUAUGGUACAUUAAAUUUACAUUUAUUUAGCUAUGU